CAUAUUCCCUGCAGUGCGCAGUAGGAAUUGCCCUGCUCUCCAUUAGGUACCGGUGCGCCCCCAUGGCCGGAAGCCGCCGCCGCCGCCACCGUGGAAGAGCGAGGUCGCUACAGCAGGGCGCCGAAUCGUCGGCGCUGGCAGACGCCACUCUCACCUCCAGCGAAGUUACCAUUGUGGGGAGCCCCUCUAAGAACACCUGCCAUGCCUCAGGCUCUACCUCCUUGCUUUCGUCUGAACCUCAUGGUUUUGCAGAUCUCCUGGACAGCCUGCUUCACGAAAUCAUUGAUCUCUUUACCUCAUUCCAUGACUUCCUUGCUUUCAUUGGGACCUGCCGCUCUUGGCGUGCUGCAGUCUCUUCCUUUCCCUCUGCGUAUACCUUCAGCUUCCCACCAGUCCAUCUCAAACCGGAUGGUCCUUAUGUUCCUCCCCAUACAGGCAAUAUCAAGCCCAUGCUUCUAUCUAACUGCAAAUGGCAGCUCAGUGAACCUAGCAAGAAAAACUUAUCCCUUUGCUGUUCAGUGCCUCAAAAUACUCCAGAUAAUAUGUACUAUUUGGGCUGCUCAUGUGGGUAUCUUAUCUUCUCCUAUAGGGAGCACUGCAUCCUUGUCAAUGUGUUCACUGGUACCAAGGUGAAGCCCCCCAAACUCCCACCGAACAAUGAACUUGGGGAAUUUUGUGGCAUAGGCAUUCUUACAGCUGCAUUGAGUUCACCCAACUCACGCCUCCUCCUUUGCUCCAGAACUUCCAUGUUUGAGUGGCAGGUUGGAACAAACUCCUGGUCGGAGCACGCUCUCGCUCUUGAGAGAGAACGCAUCACUCAGAUUCUGUUAUUCAAUGGUGAUAUCGUUGUUUUUGAUUCUCUUAUGAGGCUCCACACUAUACGCUUGGCACCUCAAUUCAGCAUGCAAGAAGUAGCCAUUAAGUGGGAGUUUCUGCCUUUUGACCCAUUGUUGGUGGUCUGUGGUGACAAACUUCUCAUGGUUCACCUCUCGAGGAGCUCUGACAAGUUGAAUGGUUCAUAUCGCUUCUUUAAGGUCUUUCACCUUGACUUUUCGGUCAGGCCAGCUAAGUGGGUGAAGAUGGAGAAGUUGGACAAUCAAGCACUGUUUGUUAGCCUUGAUACGAGGACUCCUACAUUUUCUUGCAUGAGCCCUGAAAGAUGGGGAGGAAAGAGUAACUGCAUCUAUGUUGCCAAGCUAUUUGAAGAUCCUGAUGAAACCUGGACUGCAGUCGAGCUUGGUCAGCCAGUGUACUACGACGCAGGUCACGCCAUAUUAUAUAGUUCUACAUUCCCUCAUGACUACAGUUUACUCUGUAGCCUCUGGGUGCUUCCCAGUUCAGUUUAUGGUUCUGGCUAGUAAUCUUGUCUCAGGUUUUUUGCUAGUCUUGCACAAGGCCUAGAGCUUAUUGUGGUUAGCAACUAGCUCUGUGUAACUGCAAUGGUUUCCGGUGUUGCCACCUGUGUUUUGUGUUCAAGGAUACAGUUUCUUUA